AUGAAGCACAUCACACAUCUCCUGCUUUUGCUGUCUCCAGUCCUUGCGCUUAUUUCACAGCAGCGCUUGAAGAAUGUGUAUGCUGAAAGUCAUUUAAAUGAGACCGAGUAUUCGCAACUUGAUAUUCGCGCUUCCGGCUGGACAGUCGUUAUUGAUGAAGACCGUGGGAAGGUCCCAUUAGGGGUCGAAUUCUCUGCAACGAGCCGCAGUCCGGACGCGAUGGAUUUAUUCUACUUCCAUGGGAAUGGAGAUGGUGCCCCUUUGACUCAAGCGUGCUGGAAUCAGGGAAACGACUGGAAGACUUGCCGUGUAUUCCAAUACGUGUUUAGUUACGUCUUAGGUAGCGGUCGGCUCACGGCUAUCUCCCGCACACCGGAGCGCCACGAGUUAUUCUUCGUCCCGAAAGGGUAUCAGGCUGUUCACGUCGAACGCUGGCGAAAACACGGAGGCUGGUGGGGUGGAACCCCGGUGAUUGGCCAUAAAGCUGACCCGAGUACGGGCUUCGGCGUCGUUUCUCGAGGUAGCAAUAUGCUCCAGACCUUUUGGGUUAGAGAUGAUCGGGCACUUAUGCAUGCCUACACUGAAGACGACGGUGACUCCUGGGUACGAGAUGUGGUCCUAGACGCGAAAGCCGACGCAAAACCAUCCUCUGUCGCUGCUACAUCACGAGACCCCAAUAGUAUGGUGGUGGCCUGGGUCACGAGCAAAGGGAUACUCGAGGCAGCCCGCUAUGAGAAGAGCACCUGGACGAAGAAACAAAUCACGACUCACGAUACUGUGGCUGGGAUCAGCAAGAUCGCCACACUUUCAAUCACGCCGAGUAUGCUAAAUCUCUUUUGGAUUGGGACGGAUGGCAUGAUUCACCAAUCCUACUGGACGGCAGGUAUGCCCAAUGACCAGUGGAUAACAACCCCGAUAUCCAACUUUCCUGCCAAUGUCGGGGGACUAUCCGCUGUGUCGAUGAAUAGCAAUCACAUGGAGGUUUUUUGGACAUCUCAAACUGGUACGCUUUACCACGCCUACUGGACUGCGGCGCAAGACCGGUGGAUCAGCGAGCCUGUUCCUGGUUCGACUGGAUCACUGCGCUGCCAGCCAGGCUCACCCCUCACAACGGUAGCGAGGAAGGGCAAGAACUCGAUGGAGGGCUGGUGUAGAUCAGUUGAAGGCAAGCUCGUCCAUUUCUAUUACUACGCAAAUUAA